AUGGUCACGGCCAAUGCCAAUUCCAGCGGUGGUGGUGGUGCUGCUGCAGGUGUCAUCGAAUGGCAUCCCGCCGGCAUCUUGCAGGACCAUCCUGCUACCACACUCCACGAUCCUGCUCAUGACAGCAGCCCCUUCGCCCUCGUUAUCCUCAACCAGCCACUCAGGGAGAUUCGGACACUAGAAAGGCUCUGGAAGAAUUGUGCGACGCUUGACUCUGAUGACCUGGAUGUCAUCAUCGGCGACCUGGACUCGCUAGAUGACCAUGUCCGGCAAUAUUAUGCUUCGGAUGGCAGGCGAACAGAGAUCAAGCAUAUCGCAGAUCAGUAUUCUACCGAUUUCGCAAAGGCCGUAGCCCAUAUCCGCUCCACUCAGCCACGUCCUGUCGACAUUGUCGCAAUGGGCGGGCUCGGCGGCCGGGUCGACCAGGGCCUGAGCCAGCUUCAUCACCUAUACCUCUUCCAGGAGGAUCCCCACUACAUCCAGGGCAGGAUGUUCCUCCUGUCCGGGGAGUCACUCACGUUCCUCCUCAAAAAGGGUAUGCACAGGAUACAUGUCCGCAACGGCCGCGAGGAGGUCUUUGGCAAGUAUGUCGGCAUCAUCCCCGUCAAAGAGCCGAGUAUCAUCUCGACUAAGGGGCUCGAGUGGGACGUGACCGACUGGAAGACGGAGUUUGGCGGACUGAUCAGCACAAGCAACCACGUGCUUCCAGAGACGGAGGUGGUGGAGAUCAAAACUGCGACGGACGUGCUUUUCACCAUUGCAUUGAAGCAAUCAUAG